AAGUAUAUAUUCCCUACCAACCCUCGCUCGUCUCCCCAAAAUCAUGCUAUCUCUGAUCUCUCGACUCCGCAUCCUACCGAAACCCUCAUGCCCCCUUUCUUCGAUUCCCUGCUCCAAAUCCCAAUCCCUCGCGCGAAACCCUAAUUCCAUCCGCUUCGGCCUCCGCGGAGCCCCCGACUCCCCCCGCACCUUCUCAGCCAUGGCUGGGAGCUCAGAGGACUUCGUCAAGGGGAGCGUCUCCCCCAAUGGCGUCGCCGUGAUCACCCUCGAUCGCCCCAAAGCUCUCAACGCCAUGAAUCUAGAGAUGGACAUAAAGUACAAAAGUUUUCUCGACGAAUGGGAGACUAAUCCUGGUGUCAAAUGCGUUCUGGUUGAGAGCAGCUCGUCCCGCGCCUUUUCAGCAGGAAUGGAUAUUAAGAGUGUUGUGGCAGAAAUUCAAAAGGACAAAUCUGGGGAUGUGAAGCUGAUUACCCUCAGAUGCGAAAUGUCACAAAUAAGUGAGGUCUUUGGGGCAGAAUAUUCCCUUAUAUGCAAAAUACACGAGUAUAAGAAACCAUACAUAUGCUUGAUGGAUGGUGUGACCAUGGGGUUUGGAAUUGGAUUAUCUGGCCAUGGUCGCUAUCGGAUUAUUACUGAGAGGACUCUUCUGGCUAUGCCAGAAAAUGGGAUUGGCUUGUUCCCUGAUGUUGGCUUUGCUUAUAUCGCUGCACAGGGUCCUGGAGGAGGUGCAGUUGGUGCUUAUCUUGGAAUGACUGGAAAAAGAGUUUCGUCGCCUGUAGAUGCAUUAUACAUAGGUCUUGGAACUCACUAUGUCCCAUCUGGGAGCUUGGGUCUGCUCAAGGAAGCUCUUCUAAGUACAGAGUUCUCUGAUGAUCCUCACAAUGAUGUUGGAGCACUAUUGGCGACCUACAACAAGAAGCCCGAGUCAGAGUCGCCGCUGAAAAUUCUGUUACCUCAUAUUUUGUCAUCUUUUGCUGCUAACAAAUCAGUCUCUGAGUCAAUAGAAGAGUUGAAAAAGCUUGAACAAAGUACAGAUUCUGCAGUGGCUGAUUGGGCUAGGGAGGCUCUUGCUGGUGUUGGUAAAGGUGCUCCAUUUUCUCUCUGUUUGACACAGAAGCAUUUCUCACAAGUUGCUUCUGCACGAGGAAACGACAAUCACCAUCUUUCAACGCUAAAAGGUGUUAUGAAAGCUGAAUAUCGUAUUGCGUUGAGGUCUUCAACUCGAAGUGAUUUUCCGGAAGGUGUUAGGGCAGUCUUGGUGGACAAGGACCAGAAUCCUAAGUGGGAUCCCCCAACAGUAGAGGAUGUCAACAUCGCCGACGUGGAAUCAGUUUUUGAGCCUUUAGCUCCAGAAAAUGAAUUGAAUGUAUGAUUUGUUAGAUGACCCAGAGCCAUGAAGGUAAAUAAUGAACAAAAAGGAAAAAAAAAAGAAAAAAAAGAAAAAAAAAAGCACCAUGGACUGUUUAGUUAAACUUCAUUAAUGAGCAUUUCAUUAAUAAGGUGAACUCACUCACGACCAUCUCUGAGUCAAUUUAUACACUUGCUUCUUCAGCCAAUUUAUACAUUUGCUUUCUCAGCGUGUUGAUCUGUAGUUACAUGGUGGAAAUGAAGCUUCAAGCUUGUGCUGAUAUACAUGGUGUUUUUAUGCGAUAACGAUAUAUUUUUGUCUUCAAAUAUGUGCAAAAUUUCCGGUAACUCAGGUUGGGCACAGUCAUGUAGCAAGUCCCCCUGUGGAAAAGGUCAUCUAUGUUAACUCCCACAGCAUGUGGGGUUGGCCCCACAGUAUGAAACUGAGCUGUAUAACGCAAAUCCUAUUAAUAAUUGUUUGUUUUCUUUCCUUUUCCA